AGGUCACAAAGAUUUAUGGUCACCUCCUGUUAUAUUUGCAGAGAACUCUUCAUGGAUGCCGUACCAAUGCUCGGAACCGUGGCCUCGGUUGACUUCAUGACAUCAAAGAUCCUUAACGGGGCCGUUCCACAUCACAGAGAGAUUCUGUGGAUAGCGUCCUUUCCCUUUAUUUCGAACCCAAAGAAGACUAUGCUGGAAAUCAUGAGACCUCUAAUCGAUGGGACAUCUGUGUGGGACAACACCAUCCUUGCUGUAUCCUCUGUGGUCAACAGCUAUUGCCAAGACAACCCUCGAUGCGCCGACGACAAUGCUGUGAAAGACAUCGUUUCUGUUAUUGACAAAAUAGUAGGGGAUUGCAAAUGGAAGGAGGAAAAACCAUACCAGUACAGACCCCGUCAGCCAAUGAGAGGUCCGCCCUCAAGAGCGAUCCUCUAUGCGCUGAAAGCCCUCGGAAACAUCGGAAGAUCCGAAUCGAUUGGAAGAACUCUGACUCGAUGUUUCACCAUUUCCACAAAUCCAGUUGAUGUUCGACUUGCAGCCAUUGAUGCAUUCCGGAGAGUUCCGUGUGAAGCCAGUAGAACAGACUUGGAAUAUUUGUUCGACGAUGUCUCGGAAGACUCAGAGAUUCGCAUCAAUGCGUAUCUAGCACUCAUGAAAUGUCCGACAGAGAGACUGCUCACCAAAAUCCACAAGUCCCUGCUCUCGGAUAAGUCCAACCAAGUAAAGUCUUUCAUUCUGUCUCACCUGAAAAACCUGAAGACAACAUCCGACCCCCACUUCCAAAACAUCCGUACGAUCCUCGAAGACCAUGAUCUGGGCACAGACUCCUCCGGAAGUGACAUGGAUGUCCGAAAGUACUCCCGCAACUAUGAAGGUUCUAUGUUCUUUGAUAGCAUUGGCGCCGGAGCUAAGGUCGAUUCCAAUGUCAUUUUCUCGUCCAAGUCAUUUGUGCCACGUUCCGGCAACGUGAAUUUGACCCUAGAUAUUUUUGGACAGGCUGUCAACCUCCUGGAGCUCGGGGGACGUAUCGAAGGGUUGGAGUACUUCCUUGAAUCCUAUUUCGGACCAAGUGGACACCUGAAGAGCAAAUCUGGUUCAGACUCAAAUUCUAGGUUUCCAAUUCCUGGAAUUGAUGACAAGUAUAAACCAAAGAUCGACAAGCUUCAAGGGUCAGCAUACUUCAGGCUCUUUGGAAAUGAACUUGGCUAUUGGCGAAUGAACGACGCUCCAUCGACUUCCUGGCUCAAAGACAUUAACAUCAAUAAACUGAUGCAACAGUUUGUCAAAGAAGGCAAGACCUCGUUCAGUAAAAGUGCCAUGCUUCUUGACAUGAAGAUGAUCGUGCCCACAUGCGUUGGGCUCCCGUUAAAUCUCAGCUUUGCUGCGACAAGUUCUGUGAAGUUGGAAGCAAUGGGCAAAAUUGAAAUGCCUUCAUUUAAGAAUAUAGAAAUCGUUGGAAGCCUGAGUCCAAGUGCUGCAAUCGAUGUCACCGGUGAAAUGAGUGUAGAUGCAUUUGCCUCAAAGGCAGGCGUACGGGUGUCGACAGUGGCCCACACCAACACAGCGGCAAAGGUGACAUUCAGCAUGAAAGACAGGCAAAUUGUGAUGUCGUCCUUAGAACUGCCAAAGAAGAAAAUGGAAGUGAUUAACGUGAAGUCUGAUUUCUUCAUUGUCCAUCGAAAAACCGAAGAGAAGCAGAAGAUGAUCCAGAAGAAUUCAGUGAACAAGUCAAGGUGCACAAGUGCAGCCUUUGGCAAGAUCACCGGCCUAGAGGUGUGCAUGCAAGUGCAAUAUUCCAAUGCAUCAAUGGAGAAGCAAUCACCGUUCUUCCCACUGACUGGACCUGUGGUCUUGAAGCUGGAUGUCUCCAACAAAGAUUUACCAAAAGGAUAUCGUAUGGAAGCCAAACUUAUACAGGCACAAAAGUUUGGUUUCCACGUCGACACCCCCGACUCGAAAACAAACCGGAAAAUAUCAGCCGAGGUGGACAUAGGCCAGACUGAUGCACGCAUUGAAAUUGAUUCCCCAUGGAGAAAGUUAACCUUUACGGGAAAAUCGGGAGCAAUGCCAAAUUUCCAACUCUCUGGUGAAUUCCAAAUGGAUUAUAAGAACCAAAAAAUCGACAAGUAUGGUGCUUCGUUAACAAUGCUGAAGACCAGGGCCAAACAAGUGGUGAAAUGGUCCCCUAAAUUUGAGAUAUAUACCCCAUCGAAGCAAUGGGUUGCUGAAGGAAAGAUUGAGAAAAUGCAAGAUAAAAAACUUAAUGUGGACCUUUCAGCCCUUGGUUUCUUCAAUCAGAACGUUUCCUUGAAAUUUUCCGCCGAAAGAGUCAAGAAGACCUACAGAUCGUUCAUUAACUUCCGUCUAAACGAGAAACGAUACUCAGCUGACACCAAUUUUGCUGCAACGCCGAAAGGACGAGGGACUGUAUAUUCAGGACGAGUGGGCAUCAUGCUUCCAUCCCGAGAUCCCAUCAAACUGACUUCACAAGUAAUUUACAAUCCUGGAGUGAAAAUGGGUUUUUUAUUCGGAGCUGAAAAUGUCUUCACAAGCAAAGUUCAAGCAUCUACUCUGGUAAUCUUCAACAAGAAGAAAAUGGAGAACACCCUCAAGUUCAACCUCAAAUCUCCAAAGCUGACCUUGAAAGGCAAGGGCAACAUGCAACUAAAAAGUGCAUACUUUGGUGCACACUUAGAAUGCAACUACGUACUAUACAAACACAAGGACAAGAUAAUCUUCGAUGCAAAGCUUCGGGAUGAGAGUAACCCUGGUGCCAUGAGAUACAGAGCCAACUUGAGUUUUACGAGUCAGAUGAGCCCCAAAAGAAAUGUACUCAUUAAGGGUAAAUUCAACAGAAACAGCAAACGCAUUGAGACUACAAUGGAUUUACAGCUUGGGCAAAAGGACCCAGAAAUUCUACAGACGCAGGUUAUUGUCAAUCAUAACUUUGCUAAAAAAGAAAAGACCCUUAAUUAUUUUAUGAAAAUUAAAGAUGAAAAAAGGGAUCUUGAUUUUGAGGUGGAUCUCGAUCACAACCACCAAGACGGUCUUCUUCUGAACACCAUCGCCAGCACGAUGAAGAUUAUGUACGCCAGCGGCAAAAGCAUCAAGCUGAACUUCAAGCAAAACGCUCAGAGAGAAAACGACAAAAAUAGAUCUGGCGGAGUGGGAGAUAUGAAAAGUUGUAAAACAGUUUUAGAGGUAACACAUCUAAAGCAGAAAAUGAGCAUCAGUUACCAAUUCAAGAAAGAAUAUUUUCGUAACUACGAGAACUCAUUGUCCGUGAACUGGUUUGACGGAAAAGAGGUUAGCUUCAAAAAUAAAUACAUACAGCAUGAUGAUGAAGUGAUUACCAUAAAGAACAACCUGUUAUUACCAAAUCAGAAACAGAUUUCACUUGACUGUUCAUUUGCUUUCAUUGAGAAUCGUUACAAGCUUGGUGGUGCAUUUAUGGCAGAGGCAGGCGCAAUAUCACGAGAUCAGCACAGUUAUGCUUUCGAUGGUGAUAUUUCUUUGAAACACGAAUCUUUUGAUGCUAACUUUUCGGUUGGCUGGGCUCCGUCGAAGGAGGUGAAGGUGAAGAUAAAUCGUUCGUUGUACAAGACGAGUAGCAGUACCUCUGCUGUGGUCACACUUGAAUUGUUCCUGCCUUUGAAGACCGUGAAACAUGUGACCUACACUUGCACUGUCACUUAUAUGCGUGAUUCAUUGACAAUAAAGUAUGAAACGAAAUUCAAAGACUUCCAUAGUUUGGUGACUUGGAAAUGGUAUUAUAAUACACUAAAUGUCGAGUACACAGAGACUCGGGAUAAUAAAGGAAAGAAAAGUUUGGUUCAUUAUAAACUGGUUAAUAACGAGAAAAUGUUUAAGUUUUUAACUGAAUUGCAAGAUAAAGACAUUCAUUUUCGGCUCAAAACUUCACUGGAUAAAGAUAUUGUGAAAAACUUCCAGUUUGACUUUAUAUAUAACAUUAACAAUGUUCAAAUGCAAUCAGAUAUUCAGGCAGUUCAUGACCUGAGAAAUUUCAAUUUCUUUUCUAAUGGUACAGCUCGGAUAACAGUAGGGAACAAAGAUAUUUUCAACUCAAUGUAUUCUGCCGUGAAAAAAUCAGACAAAACUAAUAUAAAAGGAAAUUUUGAGCUGAAAAUGCAGAAGAAACAUCACAAGGGAAAAACUGAAUUUGUGUUAACCAGAGUGAAAGAGGACAUUAAUGGUAGAUUUAGUGUCCAUUACAAUGAUGAACUGAUCUGUUCUCUGAGUCAGUCAUACAAACAUAAACAGGAUGAUAUUUCAUCAAAGACUGAAAUGGCUUUGUUCACUGGUGAAGUCCUAACCAUUAACACAGAUGUGAAGCUGUCAAGACGGAAGACACUUCGUUCAGAAAUUUUGCUGAAAAGAGCAGAUAAGUCAGUAGCAAAUAUGACAAUUGAAAGUUCUUUGAAAUAUGAAGCAUCAAAAUCAUUAGACGCCAAGUUGCAGAUAACCACCAACCAUCAAUAUCUGAAUAACUACUUCACACAUUUAGUCUAUCGAAAGAAGAAAGACGUUGACAAGGUAACCAGCAAAAUGAAUAUAUUUGGUACCAAAAUAAAUACUGUGGCAUCAUUGGAAGGUAGUGACUGGUUAAAAAAAUCAUUGAGUUUCAAGGUUAACAGAAAUGGGUUCGAUGUGGUAUCCAUAUCUGGCAACUAUGAAUUUGAUCCCGUUGGUGACCUUGUGAUUUAUGUGAAAGGAUCUACUAAGCAGAUCUCAAAACUCGAUCAAUUUGGCUUUAGUUUGCAACACGCGGUCUCAUCUCGAGCUCUUGCUAAAUCAAAAGAGAAAAACCAUUUGCAGAUUGAAGCGUUCACUAAGAUAGAUGGCGAGAAAUAUGAAUUCAUAACUAAAGGGAAAUAUUUCACGAAUCUUCUUGUUACAGUUUCCACUCCAUCUCCAAGUAACAGCUUCUUACUGAAUAUGGAACACAACUAUAAAAACAGAAUCGACAUAGAUAUGAAACUAAUAUACAAUGAUGUUCCUUAUGUAAUCAAUUUCCAGAAAGCAGAAUUACGAUCUGACAUGAAAUUCACUGCCUCUUUACCACCAUUUAAGGAAUUCAAAGUGAAUUUUAGUGGUGGAGUGGGCAAAAACAAAAAGGGUGAUUUCAAAUUUAGGGCCUCUUAUAGUAAACAUUUUAUGCAGACAGAUAUAUCGGUCUCUUUCAGAAACUUUUUGGAAAUGUCACUCGUCGGCUCUUUUGACAUUUUGUCUGUCACCGGAUCAGCAGAAGUGAAACUCACACACUAUCUGGAUCAACUGUUUACCCAGUUUUCUGUCGACCUCAAAUAUGAUGUGCAGCAGAUCACUUUUGAGAUAAUGGCCAAGCGUGAAGUUUUCAUUGUGAAGUUGAACACUCCUUAUGACUUUACCAUCAGUGCGGAGAUCAAUGAUAUGAGCAUUGCUUCAACUGAUUUGAAACUCAUUGCCAAAACUCCGUGGAGCAAUAAAAGGACAGUGAAAUAUUUCCAUAAGAAAAAGGACUAUGAGAACACUUUGGAGAUUGGUUUGAAUGUGAAAAAUACUAACAACGUCCCAGAGUUCACAAUGGAUGCAAACUUCAACUUGGAACCCGUGUACAAGGCAGACGUGGUCGUGACUCGUGAGAACAAAUCGAAGAAGUACACUUUAAUGGCAACACUUGAUCCACAAAUGCCUGAAAGGACAGGCAGUCUCCAUGUGGAACUACCUGAGGAAGUGAUGCCUGGGAAAGUUUUCGACGCCAACUUCAAACAAGACAGUUCCAGUUUCUCCGCUUCAUUUGUCUACCAUAGAAUGGAAUAUGAAAUCGAGCUGAAAUCCCAGCGAGAUAAGUAUCUUGCCAAAAUCAAAUGCAACUGGGACAAAGAUGAUAAAAUCAGUAAAUUUGUUGCUGAUAUUCAGUUCCUGAAUAAAUACAACUUGAAAAAGCUUGAAGUGACAAUCAACCACCCUGCUCGCAGUUUUGGCUUCUCUGUUGAGGUGAAAGCUUCCAGAGAAAUGGCACAGAUACUGACGAACAUCCACUGGGACAUUGAAAAGGGCAAAAAAAUUACUUUUGCCAUCGGUGGCAUCCGACGGGAGGUCUACCUCAAAAUUUUCUAUCCUCAGCGUAUCCUGAAAUUCGUAGUGGGUUUCGAUGACACCAAGACAACACGACCAUUUAUGGUGGCCUUCUUAUGGGAUGCAGAUCGAGAUGACAACAAGAAACUGAUGCUGACUAUCCAUACCAUGAAGCGUGACGGUUCUUUUAGUUCGGAUGUUGCGGUCAAUCUUAUGUCAGUGAAAAAGAUAAUCCAGUGGACGAACGACGUGACCUGGGGCCGUACUGAUAAGCUGUUUUAUGUGAAAUCCAUUGUCAACAUUGAUCAUGAUCCAAAGAAAUCUGCAGAAAUGGAGUUUGGACUUGUGAAGGAGAACACCAGGUAUGGUGGCAAAUAUAGGCUGUUUGUCUCAGCCAAUCGACCCCUGCUCAAAUAUGGUGUGAACCUGGAGCUACGGGUCCAAAGACCAGCCAACUUUGGGAUUGAACUCUCAUACGUCACUGCCCGCGGUGAUGAGCGAACAUUUGCAUUCAAUGGCAACUACAACCCUAUGGCCCGGGAAUUCAACAUAACGGUGAGUAAUGAAUGCUUGUCCACUAACUCCCACCUCUGUUCGGUUAGGGAGUGAUGCUUUAUCCCUUGG